AUGAGCAUUGGUCCUACAGGGGGUCACGCGUACCUCAGCACCGCCUCCAACGCCUCAACGGUGUGCGCCGCCGUCGACACACCGCCACUCUUUGCACCAGCCACCGUCACGACAGUUGAUGAACUCUUUCACAGCCUACGUGGAAGCGACGUCCGCCUGGAUGUGACGCACGCGUGUUACUUGAACAUGUCGCAGCGUCUUCCGCAGUGUGUCGCGACGCUCCAGUCGACAGCGGCGGACUGCGGUGGUGUCGCGGCGGAGGCGGUCGGGCCGCUGCUGAAUUCAUCUUCGCGGUUGACCGACGUUGCGACCAGCAGCGCAGCGCUGCUGGCCUCUUACGUCCACGCCGGCGCGGCACAGCGAUUGCGGCUGGAGCGCUCCCUGCGCCGCACGCGCGAGGUAGUGAGUGCGCUGAGCCGUGUCCACGAUCUUGUCUUACAGGCAAACGACACUAUCUCUGAUGCGCAUGAAAUGCAUCUGUUGCGAGCCAGAGCCACCCAGUACGUAAAGGAGGUGGUCGAGGCAGCCUACGACCGCGUCAUGGACAAGUACUACGUCCUCGAUGCGUGGACGAAUGCGUCUCUUGGCAUUACAGCGCAGCAUUUGUCGUUUGCUGCCGGUCCUGCAGGGGGGACGUGUGCGGUGCACAACUACACCCAUCGUCUGCUCUGGGGCACCGAGGCGUCCUCUAUAGUGCUGCUGGCGCUCACGCAGACGACCCUCUCCAUCGCGGACAGCAUCCACAACAGAACGUACAGCCCCGCAGCGCGAGGUGUGCAGUGCGCGCAGGUUCUCACGGGGCUCGUAAUGAUGACGCUGGAGGACGACGCGGUGCGUCAGGUGGCCGCGAUGAUCGCAGGCAACACGUUGACCGCUACAGUUGUGUGGGAGGUCAGCGACUUUGCGCUACUGUUGCCCAGUCGAACAACACCGCUGCGUCAGCGUCAGCUCUGGAGCCUCGCUUACGUCUUCGCCGCCGUCGCCGAUCCAAUCGUCGUGGAUGACUUGGUGGGCAGCGCUGCGGUGGCGGAGUGCAUGCGGCGUGCUGCGCUCGUGGUACCGGACCCCGUCACCGGCAGCGUCCCUCCCUCUAUCUCGUGGUGCCUGGAGAAUGCCUCCACGAGCGAAAUGAUGCCCACCGCGGUGGCGCAGCGCUCCUUAGCCGUGCGCGAGUCGGACACCGCGGCCAAUGGGCGGUGCCUGUGGGGACUCAGUGUGUGGGAUGGCCUGUGUGAUGGUGCGGCCUUCGACGCGGCGCGGUGCGAGAGUUGCCCGCCUGGCUCGGUUGGCGACGGCGAAGGCCACUGCGUGUGCGGCGACGCCACGGCCACCUACCCGACGCUGACGAGCGGGUGCAUGCCGAAAGGCGCCGCGCACGACGUUGCGGGCCUCCGUCUUCUGCAGGCAAACGGGCAGGUGUCCGUGCCUGGCGCCGCCGCGGUGCCGCUGCUGUCCGUUCAGCUUCCUCAAACGGCUGCCUUGGCGGACCCGACUGCCUUCCUGCGCGUCAACGUGACGUGUGUCGACGGCGGGAGGGGCGGCGGCACGCGACUGCUGGCGACCCCACAAGGCAACCGCACAGCUGUGUGUGCCUCUGUCGUGGCCUACGAGCGCCACGAAGAGCGGACCGGCUCGCUGCACACAUUCCGCGGCACGCAGUUCUUUGAAACCUACGCGGAGAACCUCACCAUCUCCGUCCUCGGCAGUGCCGCCUUCUUCGGCGAGACGUGUCGGAUGGAGGUGGUGGUUCAGAGCGCGUCACGCCGGGCCUCCCGAUCCGUGGUGGCAGGCACGUGGACGUUUAUUCCUGCCGCAGAGGCCUUCACCUUGGAAGCUCACAGUUACCCAGGAAGCGUAUCUCCCAAUGCAGCGGCGGCUCCAAGCGAUGUGCCAUUGUGCUCCCAUGCUAUGUUGGACGCCGUGAACUCAAGAGAAUCACGGAACGGUCCUGUGGUGCAGGUUGAUGUGUGCCGCACCACCAGCGGUGGCCCCGCUCUCCUCGUCCAACCAAAUGCAUACUCCGUGUUCGGCACGUCCACCCAGCAGGCGGUCGGCCAGCGCAUCCGUCGCAGCGCCGGCACCUCCCGUGACGCGUCCUUCAUUGCGACCUUGCAGUCUCUCACAAGUCGAACCGGCUUCCAGCUCAUGGUGGAGGGUGGUACCGGCUCGGACGUUCUAUGGUCUGCUGCGUGGGUGCGGAACGCCACUCCGUUGGCAGUGAAUGCGUGGGCGUCUGGGUGGGUGGUGCCGAUCGAGUCCUGCGUGCUUCGCAACAUGCGUUCUUUCCGCCUGCGCGUCGCGGACACGGCCAACACAUCUGCCUUUGUGGCUUUCGAGGCUGCGGUACAGUACCAGUACGGCAGCGACGCUGAGAUCGCAAGCAGCUCCAGUGACGGAAGUGACAAGGGCAGCGAAGCUGCGGCAAAGGUGCCGGGAGUUCACUAUGACUUCUGGUACGUGAUUCUCUUUAUCGUUGUCAGCGUCCUCGACGCCGUCGUCCUGGCAGCAUUUGGGUUGAUGGUGUUCCUGCGCCACGCCUCGUACGACAAGUGGCCGACAUGCUUUAAAUAA